AUGACAAAAGGACUAAUUAUAUUCCUCAUUAUAACUAAAAUUCACUUAAAUUGUGGAUUGAAUAGUAACACAAAUUAUCAAUCAAGAGGACACGAGUUUAUUUUACAUAAAUGUAUAGCUAGUGUUCAAUUGAACAGAAAACAUCGAGACGAAGGAACAUCAAAUAUUAAUUCAAAUAAACCUGUUGAAUAUAUAUCGUUUACAAUGCGAGAGAAGAAUUCUACUUCCCGAGAAUUACAACCUGCACCCAAGUAUGUUAAUUCGGAAUUUAAUAAUAAUAAUUCAUAUACUAACUAUGAAACAGACAACAAUACGGGUGUAAAACGAUUUUCCACGAAAGGUAUAGAAAAUACGCCGAUAAGUACUUUAAAUAUUAAAUCAAUGAAAAGUUUAUUACCUAUAUUUACAAGAAAACGUUUGCUACCAGAACUUGAAAAUACAACCAGCAAAAUUAGAAAUUCAUCCCGCAGUGUUAUUGUUAUUAAGUCAUAUUAA